CGUGGUGAAGUAAACAAACAAGAUGGCGUCGCGAAGGAGGACGUAUUCCUCAGGCUCCGACGCUUCCGACAGAUUUAUCUCGAUCAACGAACGGCCUGUGGACGACAUCUCCCUCGAGUUCUUCUACAAGUCUCACACGAUCACCUUGCUGAUAGUGAUAAUUUCUGGCUUGAUUUACUUCGCCUUCACCAGGGAUGAAAAUGAGAGUAUUCAGUCCAACAUCCAAGCGGGUUUGGUCGCCAUGGUGUUUUUCUUCCUUAUCAUCAGUAUUAUGGCCUUUCCCAAUGGUCCCUUCACCCGGCCUCACCCAGCUGUCUGGCGCAUUGUGUUUGGCCUCUCCAUCCUCUACAUGCUGCUGCUGCUCUUCAUCAUAUUCCAGGAUUACCGAACAGUCAGGAGCAUGUUUGAAUGGCUCUUCCCAGAGCUCAAGAAUUUCACCAUUGAUAUGGAUAAGGGUGAGUGGGGUGAAAAAUGUGAUGACCUGAGCCUGUCGAGGCUGUGGGAAAGCAUUGACUUCUUCUGCUUUGCUCACUUUGCCGGCUGGGCCAUGAAGACCCUGUUGGUGCGUCACUAUGGCAUCCUGUGGACCAUAUCAGUCAUGUGGGAGAUAACUGAGAUUGCAUUCUCCCACCUGCUGCCCAACUUCAUUGAGUGUUGGUGGGACGCAAUCAUCCUGGAUGUUCUGCUGUGUAAUGGUUUUGGCAUCUGGUUUGGUAUGCAGGUCUGCCACCUGAUGGAGAUGAGAUAUUACAACUGGGAGAGUAUCAAGGACAUCCAGACCACAACAGGAAAGCUGAAGCGUGCCGUGCUCCAGUUUACUCCUGAGUCUUGGACAGCCAUGCGCUGGCUUGACCCAGCAUGCACCUAUAUGCGCUUCCUGGCUGUGUCACAGUUGGUGGUGUUUUGGCAGCUGUCUGAACUUAACACAUUCUUCCUCAAACACAUCUUUCAAAUGCCACCCAGUCACCCCUUGGUGUUUAUCAGGAUCUUUCUUCUUGGUGCCAUGUCUGCACCUACAAUAAGGCAGUACUAUAGCUAUGUGACUGAUCCACGCUGCAAACGAGUGGGUACACAGUGCUGGGUGUACGGACUCUGCAUGUGUAUUGAGUCACUCAUUUGCAUCAAGUUUGGAGCCGACAUCUUUCAGCACACACAGAUCCGUAACAUCAUCCUGUGGAUCCUGGUGCAGGCUGCAAUGUCUGUAAUGUGUGUGUAUGUCUGUGUGACCUACCACCGAUGGCAGCGUCGCCGCCAGAUUAAAAAAGAUGACUCAGUGGAUGAUGAGACUGAGGUGGAAGAAAAAGUAAACUCGUAUAUCCAGUCAUUACCGCGCAAAACAGUCACCCUUAGUACCCCUGAGGAUGAAGACAGUGACGAUGAAGGAGAGGAUGCAGCCUCCAAGGUUCCUCGUCGUCGCAAGAACCAUCACCAUCUUCGACGUGGCAAUAGGUUUCAGAUAAGGUAGGCUUUACUUUGCUGUGAUGGCAACAGUGAAUCCUCCUGUGAAGAAGAUGAAGCUUGAGGAAAGAGAAACUGUGUGAUCAUCUGGUGUUAGACUCACUGUUUCCAAAGAGACAAAAGGAUAGACUUGAAGAUGUUUGUGUUACUUGGAAA